CAGUGAGGAUGCGUCUCGUCGCACUAAUCAAAGAAGUAGAGAGUAAGCUGACUGUUCCUGGUAAGCAUCGACAAAAGCCGCUGUGGUACUUACUUUGACCCUCCGUCGCCUGCAUUCCGGACAUCCUCUACUUCCUCCAGCAACUCCAACCAUUGCAAAUCGGGCGCUCGAGUCAGCGUAUAUGGUUUACCAAGAAGACGAUCAAAGAGGUUCUUUGUUUGGCGGUGGAGGUCCCAUUGUCUUGGGGUUAGGACUGACUUUUACGGAUUAGUGAAGCGAGCUGCGCCUGAUAUGGAACUCAAAAGAAAGUCUGCUUCUCGACUGUGCUGUUUAAUACUCUUUGUUUUGGAUAGUAUCCGGAUUGUGAGUUUGAUCCUGAUGGACUGUUACUCUGGACAAAGAAUCAACAUCUUUUUAGAAACAAUGAUUGUCUUCGCUGCGAGAAACCAUCUUUGUGCGGCUCCAGAUCUGAAUGUUAUCCAGCCUUUAACUAAGUCGGAUUAGCUUGCCAAGCUCUCCCAUCAGAACGAGACGAUUUGAGCUACAAGCAGGCGAUAUUGAAGAACUGAAUGAUAUCGGAUGAGAUGAGAGUCAGGAUGGUGCGAUGGUGAGUACACGUGACAUCAUUUAGUAACAGUAGAGAGGAUAGGAUCUUAUUAGAGAAUUAUAACCAAAC